AUGAAUCCUUCCUUCUUCAACCGGAGAAAGAGAGACGCAGAGCAAGAGAAGCUCAAGAAGAAAUGGCAGAUCGAUGAGGACAGCGAUGAGGAAGACUCCCUGGACCCGUCGGAAACCCUCACGUGCUGUACCUGCCGAGGAGAACCUGACCUGCGGUGCAACGACUGUUGCUCCUACUUCUGUUCGCAGCACUUCGUGGAGAGUCACCCGCUGGACGUGGACGAUGGAGGGAGGGAGGUUGAGUCGGUCAAGAGCAAGCACAGGUUCCGUGUCCUCGUGGGAGUGCUCGAGAGCAAGUUCGACGACAUGCCUGUUGGGUGGAGGGUGGAUGACGAGCUUUCCCGGGUGGUGAUAGUAGCCAACAUCUCCUUCGAGGUAGGAGAGGAGGAGGUUCGAACCUUCCUCGCCAGAGCUGGCAACAUCACCGACUUUCAGUUCAUCAAGCACGGCGACGCCGCCAAGAAGCCCAACAUGCUCCACAACGGCUCUGCUCGUGUCCAGUUCGAGUCCGUCAAGGGCGCUGCCUGCGCGCUGGGCCUGCACGGGCUUGACUUGCAUGGGCGCCCGCUGCGGGUGCUGACCGUCGGGCAGUCGAUGAACGGGGGAGGCGGCUCGUCGUCGCGGUCGGUCCCGUACAAGGUGAAGAUGUGCCAGCACUUGCUCAACGGCCAGUGCCGCAAGGGCACGAGCUGCAGCUUCGCACAUCAUCCGCAGGAGCUGCCGGGAGGAGGGAAAGUUCAUGUGCCUCCGAGCGCGCCGGGACAGAAGCACGGGGUUGACGGAGGCUUCCGAUGGUGA